AUGGUACGGCCUUUGUAUAGCGCAUACGGUUCAGCUGGGCGAAAGUCACCGCCGUCGACGUGCACACACAGUCUUCGGGCCCAGAGCGCCGUUGGCGUUGGCGGUUGGCGGAGACGUUAUGAAUACCGACAGCCCCAGGUCCAGUGCAGUCCAACAGGCACAGCAAUGGCUGCAUGGACGUUGCAUACAUCUGAUAGCACUGAACCGCUGAGUCCUCGACCCGUCGACACAAAUUCCAUCUCAUCGCGCUCAACGAGCCAAGGACCUCUAGAGACCGAGAAAUGUCGUUUCGUCGCACAGCUUCCGACGACCGCGAGGAGCGACCAAGAUCCAGAGAAAGGACCCGAACCCAACGAUGCCGUUGCCAAAGAGGCUUUCUCUGUGUUUUCGACGAAUCAGAAACGAGUCAUCGUGGUCGUAGCGUCGCUUGCUGCGUGGUUUAGUCCAAUGACCGGAAUGAUCUACUAUCCAGCAUUGAACAAGAUUGCGAGCGACCUACAUGUAACAAGCAGCCAAGUCAACAUUACUGCUACGACAUACGUGAUCAUGCAAGGACUAGCACCAAUGAUGGUAGCAGGCUUCUCCGACAAAGCUGGCCGACGACCUGCUUAUAUCGUCUGCUUCACCAUCUACAUACUUGCCAACCUUGCUUUAGGACUGCAGAAUAGCUACACCGCGCUUCUGAUUCUCCGGAUGUUCCAGUCAGCCGGCAUCAGCGGGACCAUAGCUCUUGCCAAUGGUGUUGUUGGUGAUCUCAUUACUGCCUCAGAGCGUGGGCGUUACAUUACGUUUUCAUCACUUGGCAGCAUACUCGGACCAACGCUAUCGCCUGUCCUCGGUGGUCUUCUCAGCCAGAAUCUUGGAUGGCACUGGAUCUUCUGGUUUCUGCUCAUAUUCUCGGCUUGUUUCUCAAUCCCUCUUAUGCUGUUCCUCCCAGAGACUUGCCGCAAGAUCGUGGACGAUGGCUCUGUACCGCCGCCGUGGUCUAGCUGGAACAUUACGGACCACCUCCGCUCCAAGUCGACAGCUCAUAAGGGCUUGCCUGUAGACGAAAAGAAGGCAUUGCGUCUAAGGGAGAAUCACAGGCUCGCCAUCCCAAAUCCGAUCUCGACACUGGUCGUGCUAGCAGAUCUGGAGACUGCAUUGCUACUAAUCACCAACGGGCUUGCAAUGGCUUGCAUCUAUGCCGUCUUCGCUGGAAAGUCUUCGAUGUUUCGCGAACUGUACGAUUUCGACGAGCUACACGUCGCCUUAAUGUUUCUUCCCAUAGGGAUCGGCGGUGUAUUCUCCGCAUUCACUAUCGGAUAUCUACUUGACUGGAAUUACAGGAGGCAUGCUAGACAUCUCGAUGUGCCUUUGACCCGCAAUCGACAGACCGACCUCUCCGAAUUCCCUAUCGAGCGUGCCCGACUGCAAGUCGGACUACCGAUGUUGAUCCUUACAGCUCUAGGAGUCAUGGCAUAUGGCUGGUCCGUGAACUGGAAGAUCACUCUCGCAGGCCCGAUCAUCUCUCUGUUGUUCUUGGGCUGCUGCUUGAUAGGAGCCUCUGAGGUGCUGAAUGUCCUUUUGGUCGACAUAUAUCCUGACCAGCCGGCUACUGUCACAGCAGCGAACAACCUGGUCAGAUGCUCGCUUGGCGCAGCUGCUACGGCUGUUAUUAGGCCUAUGAGUAAUGCUAUGGGGAAUGGGUAA